UAGGCAGAGCCGUGCCUUGGGGACUGAGCAGCCGUGCUGACCAUGAGCGAGCAGAGCCACGUCAACAGCCUGUUCCUCAACGAGGACGCAGCCAAGCGGCUCAACGCCGAGAGCCGGGUGCAGCGCUUACAGCAGGUGGUGCAGAAGCGGGCAGCACGGGCCAAGAAGCGAAUGCACAGCAUCACUGCCGACAGCACUAAAAGCUUCUUCAGGAGAAAUGCCUUUGUCCUCUUCACCAUUGCUGCAGUCUUACUAGGGAUCAUCCUGGCAUUUUCCCUCCGGCCCUACCAGCUGACCUAUCGCCAGAUCAAGUAUUUCUCCUUCCCCGGUGAGCUGCUGAUGCGUAUGCUCCAGAUGUUGGUUCUUCCUCUCAUUGUCUCUAGCUUGGUUACAGGAAUGGCCUCGCUGGAUGGCAGAGCCUCAGGGAAGAUGGGGAUGCGGGCUGUUGUCUACUACAUGGUGACCACGAUCAUAGCAGUUUUCAUUGGCAUCCUCAUGGUGAUCAUCAUCCACCCAGGAAAAGGCUCCAAGGACAAGCUUCACCGAGAAGGCAGAAUAGAGCAGGUGCAGACCACAGAUGCCUUCAUGGACUUGGUGAGGAAUAUGUUCCCACCCAACCUGGUAGAAGCCUGCUUCAAACAGUACAAGACGCAGUACAGCACCAGGGUCUUCACCAGAACCGUCCUCCACAGCAGCAAUGUCACAGCAGGUGUGAUAACCACUCAGAUCCCUGUGCCUGAGAACUUCACCGGCAUCCUGGAGAACGUCACUCAUGCCCUGGGGACCGUCUCCGAGGUGCUGACAUUUGAAGAAGUCAUUCCCAUCCCGGGCUCAGCCAAUGGGGUGAACGCGCUGGGGCUGGUAGUGUUCUCCAUGUGCUUCGGUUUGGUGAUCGGCAGCAUGAAGCAGAAGGGACGGGCCCUGCGGGAGUUCUUUAACUGCCUCAACGAAGCCAUCAUGAGGCUGGUGGCCAUUAUCAUCUGGUAUGCUCCAGUUGGGAUCAUGUUUUUAAUUGCUGGCAAAAUCCUGGAGAUGGAUGACCUAGCAGUGAUGGGCGGCCAGCUGGGGAUGUACACACUCACCGUCAUCGUUGGACUCCUCAUUCAUGCCCUCUGCAUCCUGCCACUGCUCUAUUUCAUCGUGACUCACAGAAACCCCUGGGUAUUCAUUGCAGGGCUUCUGCAGGCCCUCAUCACUGCCCUGGGCACCUCCUCAAGCUCAGCAACUCUGCCCAUCACCUUCAGGUGCCUGGAAGAAAACAAUGGUGUGGACAGGCGCAUCACGAGGUUUGUUCUGCCUGUCGGAGCUACAAUUAACAUGGAUGGCACUGCUCUGUAUGAGGCCCUUGCAGCCAUCUUCAUUGCGCAAGUCAACAACUAUGAACUUGACUUCGGGCAGAUCAUCACAAUAAGCAUCACUGCCACGGCAGCCAGCAUUGGAGCCGCAGGUAUUCCCCAGGCAGGACUGGUGACUAUGGUUAUAGUGUUGACAUCAGUGGGGCUGCCGACUGAAGACAUUACGCUGAUCAUCGCUGUGGACUGGUUUCUGGACCGCCUUAGAACGACCACCAACGUCCUGGGGGAUUCUCUGGGGGCUGGCAUUGUGGAGCAUCUCUCCCGGCAUGAGCUAGAUGCGCAGGACUGCGAACUCGACUAUUUGUCCAACUUUUCAAGAAAGCACUGAAUUCUAGUCCUGAAGAGACUUCCUGUAUAUAAAGGAAAAACUGAUGGAUGAAUUGGAAGAAAAGAUUGCUGGAUUGGACUCUAGCUCAAAUGGGAAUUAAUUCUGGGAAGUCCUAUGGCUUGUGUUAUACAGAGAGUCAAACAAAAUGAUCAUAAGGGUCCCUUCUGGCUUUAUAAUAUAUGCACGUGCUUUCUGGUUUAGAGAUAUUGCAAAGGGUUCUUCCAGCCCAAUCAUUUUGAAAAGCUGCCUGGAAGGAUCCUAAUGAUACUUUAAUAAAACUCAGCAGGAGGCUAACCUGUUUUCAGUUGCUGUUAGCAGACAUGUAAACAUAACACAAAAGGGGCUCUCCAUACCACAUUGCAUCAACGUGAUCUGAGAUAGUCCCACAAAGUAGUACACUCCAAGCCUUGCCAUUUGUGAUUUCCUGCUUUCAACACAAGAUUAAUGGAGCACAAACAAGUAGAGGCCUCAUCUUCAAAUACUGCAAAUCAGUCUCCCAUGGGGAAUUUCAGAAUUCAGCUGAUAGUUUUUAGCUCCGGUGUUUACCCAUGUUGUUCAUCAGUUUAUGAUUGGGAUUAUCUAUCUGUUUACAGUACCUGAACAGUAAAGUAUUGUCAGGAAUUUGCAUAUAUAUACAUAUAUACACACACAAGUACACAUCUCUAUAUAUGAAGGGAGCACAUGUGCACAGACAUACAUAUACACAGAGUUAGGUUUUUUUGUUGCUAAUCCAAGAAGGAAAGGCAAAACUAAACUGUCACUCUGUAAAGCUGCACACUUCAUUUUGGUGCCCACAUCGAUUUAUCUAACUAAUCCCAUCCUCAAAACAACAGAGGCUGUUUUACUUCCUUCCAGUAAUGAAUCUUCCAAAGUGAGGUUUACCAGGAAGGAGCUCAAUCCAUGCCAAUUUAGAGUUGUACUUGCCGGUGACGUAACAAGAACUUCUCAAUGUACAGAGAAAAUUCUCAACUUUGUCUUUGACUUCCCUGUGUAUAUCCCAAGGACCCACAUCCCCAGUGCAUCUGACUUGGCAAGGAGGCAGGCUUUAAGAGCUCAGCCAAGAAUACAGAAGUGUUUGUACUCCUUCCAAACCCAGCUCUGACCUUGUGCUAACUCAGCCUUCAGAACUGGAUAACUGAAAGUAUUUAAUUCGAUCAACUGUCUUUUUAAAUCAUCAGAUACUUGAGAGUUUAUGCAGUCUUUCUUCACUGCAGUCCUGCUGCUUCUACUUGCAGAAACUUUCUGAGUUUCUCCUAUUUGCAAACAGAGUUAUUCCUAACGAUUAGAUAUGCAAUAUUUGGGAUGAAACAAAGAGCUAUCUCAAUGCAUGCAUACAUGAGUAGCUCUUGGAUUAGAGCACUUUUCUUCAAAAUUAAUUUUAAGGGAGAAAAUCCAUGAAGACUAUGGAUUUUCAGAUGAUAUGCCAUGUUUACAUUACAUGUGUGAUACAGGCAUUUUGUUUCAGGAGUCAGAUCUGCUCUGAAAUUUUAUGUCCUUCUCUUGCUCUGCCCAAGGAAGAAAGAGAUAACUGGAGAUCCGUGCUGUACAGUGUGUUCAUAGCAUUCUGGCAGUUUGACUGUGUUAAUUCCUGAGGGCUUUUUCUUCAUGCUGUGAGUUUCAGUGUUA